GAGGUCACAAGUUUCCCUUAUCUUAGUACCUAAUCCACCUUAGCUUAACUAUCUUGGACCUAGACCUACGGAUGCAACUUCCCCGUGCCUGUCUUGUUGUUUUGCUGUCUUGUUGUCCUCGUUGUCCUUUUUCAUCUUUUCUUCAUCUUCCUCUUUCUAACUCUUCGUACUCCCUCGUUCCUACGUCGCGACCCUUUAUUCCCUUUAAUCAUCAGUACAAUUCUUAAUAAAUUUCCACAACGAGUGAUAAAAUGCGUUCUACGAUAUUAGCUGUGGCUGGUCUCGCCAGUCAAGUCCUCGGCCACGGUGACCAUGGAGGUUCGCAGAAGCCAAUGGUCGACCAGAACGCCAAUUGGAUGACCAAGCACAUGGCUGAGGAACACCAUAUUAGCGACUUUGACGCCUCGUCCUUCUUCGUUCUACACGAUUACGACGCCGAUGGUCAAUGGGAAGCCGAGGAGAUCUUGCGUACAUACGGAUUGAUGGACGAAUCAAACAAGGCCGUUCCACAAUCCCGUCGCGACGAGAUUCAGCGCGAGCUAUUACAGCUACUCGAUACCAAUAGGAAUGGAAUUGUGACGCGUGACGAGUUCAUUGCUUUCAUCGAGUCCGGGAAGACACUUCCAGACGUAGGAACAGGGCCUGGACAUCAUGGCGACGACGAGUACGAGUAUGAAAUACAUCACUGGGAAAAGUAUCAUGACGAGAAUACCAAAUUAGAAGACCUGACACACCCCGAGGAUAUCGAGCACUUUAAGAAGCACGAGAUGUUAGAAGAUGAGGAGGCAAGGCUUGAGAAGUUAAACAAGAUGGCCAUCGUAGAGGAUAAUAUUCCAAGCAAGUUCAGGAAAAACAACUAAAAAACUUAAUUGAUACCCAUUGGAGUUUGAAUCAUAAUCAGCAAGGGGGGUAGUCGCGUUAGGG